AUGGACGAGAACGGAGAUCAAUGUAUGCAAGAUCAAAGGUCGAUAUGGAGGGAUAAAAAAAGACAACAGAGAAAAUCACUCACUCCAGAACAAAGAGAUCGUCAAAAUGCAAAAAGGCGACUCAGCUAUGCAUGUGAAAACCAAUCAGAUGUUAUAGGUACUCCUGAAAGCCAACCUCAAACUCCAAGUUCGGAAGGGCCUGUGAUUGUUACCAAUACUCCCAACACUUUGGGAGUUAGAAGGGCUAUUACAGACAUCACAAAUCGUGCCCAUAAUGUCACGACUGGAUAUGAAAGGCGUGAAAUGCAACCUAUUGAUGAACUUCGUUUACUCGAUACUCGGGCAAAUCUAGAAAAUCGGUUUUUUAGUGUCGGUGAAAGUAGCGCAACCACUGUGACCAUCCCAGACCCAACAUCAAACUCAAGCGGUAUGCCCAAUCGAUUCUUUUGUGUUGGCGAGAGCAGUACAACCAAUGCACGUAUACCAUACCCUACUUCAGACGAUGGGGAAUUCCCGCGCUUUGUUGAGGCGGAAAAUGAAAUACGCAUGCCUGGCAUAUUAUUCAAUGUCGGUGAAAGUCGUGCAAUCGACACCAACAACAUAUCAAACCCCAUUUCUGAUGAUAUAAGGGUCUGGAAAGUAGGGAGAACUGGGAAGGUCAACUUACCUGAUUUUCCAUUAUCCUCUGAUAUGCUUGAUUUAUAUUCUGAUCAAUCGGAAUAUGGGGCUCAUUUUAGGCAAAACAUCCGUAAGUACAACCACGUCUUUUCAUUCACUUCAAUGGGAGUUCAUUUAGAUGACGAACUAGCAAAUGCACGUCAAGGCGUUUACACAUUCCGUGCACAAGGUUCAAUUUACCAUCGUAUUGGAGGUUUCUUACCUUUGAACGAAGGAGAUCGUCCUCGAUUUCUUCAACUCUACAUUUAUGAUACUGAGCAUGAAAAUGAAAAUCGUGCAGCAGAGAAUUCAUCAUUACGCCUCGAUGUCAUCGACAGAAUCAAGAAUAUUUUGAAUGCUCACAAUCCUUUUGUCCACAAUCUCCGCCAUCUUGCUCAGCGUAGUGACUUAAGUGAUUGCAAAUUUGUCAUCAAAGAGCAACCUACAAAUAAACAUCAAUACUCGAUGCCGACAGCUUCGCAAGUAGCAGCAGUUGUCGUUGGAGGUGAUGACAUUUCCAACUUGAAGGAUAGGGACAUCAUGGUAGAGUCAGUAACUGGGCAACUAAGUUAUAUCAAAGACACUGCCGGUUAUUAUGACCCACUGCAGUAUCCUCUACUGUUCCCUUAUGGUUCUUACGGCUGGGAUUUAAACAGUCGAAGUUCCACUGGUAAAAAGUUGACGUGCCGGGAAUUCUAUGCAUACAUGUUUCAGAUUGCACUCAACCAAGAUAAGAUAUGUGCUGAUUUGUACAAGGGUUUAGAGGAUUCUUUACAUGCUGGAGAGCAUAACACAGAAAAUGUUGGACGACGGACCAUACUACCGUCUUCAUUCGUUGGAAGUCCAAGAGAUAUGCACCAGAGGUAUCAAGAUGCCAUGGCAUUGGUUCAUAAGUUCGGCAAGCCCGAUAUAUUUCUUACAAUGACAUGCAAUCCAUCUUGGCCAGAGAUACAAUCAGAAUUGUUGGCCGGACAAGUUCCAAACGAUCGUCCAGAUCUGCUGACACGGGUUUUUCAUGCUAAACUUGAAGAGUUGAAAAAGGAUGUUCUAGAAAGGGGCGUCCUCGGAACGGUUGUUGCUUAUGUAUAUGUGAUUGAAUUCCAAAAGAGGGGUCUUCCACAUGUUCAUAUGUUAUUAAUUCUUGAUCAAAAUGACAAGCUAACCACUCCGGAUGACUUUGAUAAGAUUGUGAGAGCAGUGAUUCCUGAUGAACAACAAGAACCAAAAUUGUAUCAGGUAGUUCUUAAACACAUGAUUCAUGGCCCAUGUGGUGUUCUCAACCACAAAUCCCCGUGUAUGAAACAAGGAAGUUGUAAGAAAGGAUUCCCUAAGGAAUUCUCCAAUGAUACAAAGCAAGGAAAUGACUCAUAUCCUCUUUACCGUCGUCCACAAGAUCGUCCAGCAGUACCGUUGCGUGAGAAUUCACGAGUUCGUGUAGAUAAUCGGUGGGUAGUCCCAUAUAAUCCAUUUUUGCUCUUAAAGUACGAUUGUCACAUCAAUAUUGAGAUAUGCAGCAGCAUCAAGUGUGUCAAAUAUCUGUAUAAGUACAUCCAUAAGGGUUCAGAUAGAGUUUCAAUGGAAGUUCAUAACGGAGAUGAGAUUGCACAAUAUGUCGAUGCACGGUGGAUUUGUGCACCCGAAGCUAUGUGGAAACUUUACAAAUUCCCCAUGACUAGAAUCUGUCCUGCCGUAGAUCGUUUGCAGGUUCAUUUGCCAAACAUGCAUCAAGUGAGGUUCGAAGGGAACCAGCAAAUCUCAAGCGUGUUAGCGAACCCAAGAAACUCUAAGACGAUGCUCACUGAAUUUUUCAAGAUGAAUUCAGUCGAUCCAAAUGCAAGGAAAUAUCUUUAUCGAGAAUUUCCUGAGCAUUACAGAUGGUUAACGAGUUCACGUGAAUGGCAGAAGAGAAAAAGUACACAACGAGUUAUGGGUCGAUUGUAUGUAGCUUCACCAUUGGAAGGAGAACGAUUUUAUUUGAGAAUGUUACUCAAUCAUGUGAGGGAGCGUACAUCGUUCGAACAUUUAAGAACGAUCAAUGGCGUCACACACCCUACAUUCAGGGCUGCAGCUGAAGCCCUCGGUCUAAUCGAAAAUGACGAAAGCAUUCGUCAAUGUCUUUUAGAAGCAUGUUCAGUACGAAUGCCAUCUGCAUUACGUCGGUUACUUGCAACCAUAUUGGUAUACUGUCAACCAACUGGAUUACGAGCACUCUGGGAUGAGUUUUUCCCUUACAUGGUUGAGGAUUAUCUAGCCUCAAACACAACAAGUAAUUAUGUUUUCCUCACUAACAAACUUUUGCAAGACAUAGAUAGGUUAUUAAGACCACUUAGAAAAAGGAUUUCUGACUACACGGAGUUGCCAAGCUUACCUGAAUGUACUGAUGACAUUGACGAGCUUCCUUCUAUCAUGGAAGAGUACUUUUCUGUUCCGGUUCCAGAUGAGGAUUUGGCAUGCGUUGGCACUCUCAAUAGUGACCAACAAGUUGCAUACGACACAAUAAUGAAUGCUGUCAUUUCAAAGGCUGGCUGUUCUUUCUUCGUCGAUGGUCCUGGGGGAACCGGAAAAACAUUUUUAUACAGAGCCCUUCUUGCUACUGUAAAGAGUAGAGGCGAAAUAGCUAUCCCCACUGCAACAUCUGGAUUUGCAGCAACGUUGUUGCACCAGGGAAGAACAUCACAUUCGACUUUUCAGCUUCCACUUAAUCCAGACAGCUCAUCAACUUGCUCAUUUACCAAACGUUCUAAAACUGCAAUUCUCCUAAAAAAUUCUGCCAUUAUCGUAUGGGAUGAGGCCCCAAUGACACACAGAUAUCAAUUUGAAGCUGUUGAUCGAUCACUCAAGGAUUUAAUGGGGAAUGACUUGCCGUUUGGGGGAAAAAUUAUUGUGUUCGGUGGUGAUUUCAGACAGGUUUUACCGGUGGUUCGAAACGGAACUAGAGCUCAAAUGAUUGACGCAUCUUUUUUCAGGUCCCCUAUGUGGAGACAUAUUCGUAUUUUGCGUUUGAGAGAAAAUAUGAGAUCAAUUGAUGAUAACGGCUUUGCUAAUUUCUUACUCUCUGUUGGGAACGGUAAUGAACCUACUGUUUCAGAUCAGAUGAUAAGGUUACCAACUGCCAUGAUUAUACCAACAGUGGCAGAUAGUUCGAUCGAGGCUUUGAUCGACCAAAUCUUUCCAAGUUUAAGUGAGCAUGUUGGUGAUGGAAAUUUUAUAGUUGAAAGGGCGAUCAUCACACCCCUGAACGAAGACGCUGAUAGAAUAAAUAAUAAGGUUGUCGAAAAGUUUCUCGGAGAAGGAAAAACGUAUUAUUCGUUUGAUUCUGUUCCUGAAGAUAAGAGAAAUUUGUACCAACAAGAGUUUUUGAAUUCGAUUUCUGCGUCGGGAUUGCCUCCCCAUGCUCUCACCCUGAAACCUGGGGUACCCUUAAUGCUUUUGAGAAAUAUUGAUCCUAAACAUGGUCUUUGCAAUGGAACACGGUUUCUUUGCCAUUCAUUAAAGGACAAUUUUAUUGAUGCUGAGAUAUUAACCGGACAUUCUAGGGGGAACAGAGUGUUUUUGCCAAGAAUUCCCUUGAAAACUGCUGAAGAUAUUAAAUUGCCAUUCGAGAUGGUCAGAAAGCAAUUUCCUGUGAAGUUGAGUUUUGCCUUGACUAUCAACAAGUCUCAGGGACAAACUAUUCCACAUGUUGGGAUAUACCUCCCCGAUCAUGUAUUUAGCCACGGCCAGCUAUAUGUGGCAUUAUCACGAGGAAUUUCAGAGAACACGACAAAGAUCGUGGUAUAA